GGGGGGAGGGGCGCGGGGCCUGAGCCACGGACUGCUGGGCUGCGGGGCGCCAAACCCCGCGCGGCGCGGCCGGAUCCGGGCGGUAGUGAGCGGAGGGAACCGCUGGCUAGUGGGACUGCGACGCCCGCCUCGUGCCCGGGCCGCCGGGGAGGAACAGGACGCCAACUCCGCGGCGCCCCGCAACCGCAAAGUUUCGCCGGUGGAGUUGGCCUGGCUCUGGGAGGUUGCGGGCCUCCCCGCGGCACCCGAGACCCGCGAGCAGAGCUGCCCCGGGGUGCAGCUCCUCAGCCCCGACGACCCCCGAGGGGCAGCGGCGCCGGACGUCGUCCUGCUCUACACCGGUGCGCCCGUAGGGUGCAGGCCUGCGGCGGUGCCGGGGUCUGGCUCUCUUCGACCCCUCGGGCUGGUUCUUUGCUGAUCCCGGGGUCUUUAGAGCCGUCACUUUCUUGCUUGCCGGGCGUCUGGGGAAACUGAGUCCCGGUGCUGGCAAACGUCAGGCUCACUAGACAUGGCAGAGUGUGCGCCGCUGCACCCCAGUUCCUUGCCUUGGGGAAACUGAGUCCUCAUGAGGCAGAGCCAGGCCUCCUCGCUGGAGAGGCAGAGUCCUUGUGUGGCCUCCUGCCUUGCACAUAGCUUGUGUCCCCGGGAGCCCAGCUUGCAGACCACUGCAGUGGUGUCCAUGGGCUCUGCAGACCAUCAGUUUAACAUCACUGAGAUCCUGUCACAGAACUACAGCCUGAGGGAGGGUUGUGUGGAGGCCUCUCGGUGCUCCAACAAACCUGAGGAGGAACUGGACAAGGACUUCAUCUCGCAGAGCAGCGACAUGCCUUUAGAUGAACUGCUGGCACUGUAUGGCUACGAGGCAUCAGACCCCAUCUCGGAGCAGGACAGCGAGGGUGGAGACACGGCCCCUACUCUCCCAGACAUGACCUUGGACAAGGAGCAGAUUGCAAAGGACCUGCUUUCAGGGGAAGAGGAGGAAGAGACACAGUCCUUGGCUGAUGACCUCACCCCAUCUGUCACCUCCCACGAGGCCUCAGACCUCUUUCCUAACCAGAGUGCAUCCCUGUUCCUGGCUGGUGACAAGGACCCUGGGUCCUCGACCUCCUCUGACACUGAAGAGGACACCCUUCCUGGUAACAAGUGUAAAAAGGAGAUCAUGGUGGGGCCUCAAUUUCAAGCUGACCUCAACAAUCUGUACUUGAAUCGACACUGCGACAAGUUCUAUGAAAGUGAAGACCAGCUGCUCUGGAGGCCCAACGUGCUCCCUGAGCGGGAGGUGGAGGAAUUCUUGUACAGGGCGGUGAAGCGGAGGUGGCAGGAGACGGCCAGCCCCCAGCUCCCGGAGGGCGAGGUGGUGAAGGACAGCGAGCAGGCACUGUAUGAGCUGGUGAAGUGUAAUUUCAACGUGGAGGAGGCCCUGCGCAGGCUGAGGUUCAAUGUGAAGGUGAUCCGAGAUGGGCUCUGUGCUUGGAGUGAGGAGGAGUGCAGGAAUUUUGAGCAUGGCUUCCGAGUUCAUGGAAAGAACUUCCACUUGAUUCAGGCUAACAAGGUACGCACACGGUCGGUGGGUGAGUGUGUGGAAUAUUACUACCUGUGGAAGAAGUCUGAGCGUUAUGACUACUUUGCCCAGCAGACGAGGCUGGGCCGGAGGAAGUUUGUCUCAUCUGGAACCACGGAUGCUGACCAAGACCUGGAUGGCCUGGAGCCUGAUGGCCCUGCCCAGCUGCAGCCAGAGCAGGAGCCUGAGGCAGAGGUGCCCACAGAGCCUCUCAGCAUGAACAGUGUGGCCGCUGGACCUGAACAGUCUGGAGUGGGCUCAAAUGACCACCAGUCCUUGGAGCCUGGACCCUGUCCGUUCCAGCAGGUGGAUGAGCCCCCUACUGUGUCCUUACCCCAGCAACCUGCCAACCUGGCUGCCCCGGCUGAUUUCCCUUCAACUGCAGCUGCUCCAGAGCCAGGAGCCAGCCCUAGGCUGGCCGUGGACUUCACCCUGCCAAAGGACCUACCCCUUGUAUCCAGCCAUAUGGAUCUGAGUGAGGACCCUGUGGAGCCCAUGACUCCAGCACAGGUGGCCCUGUCGGUGACUGAGUUUGGACUUAUUGGCAUUGGGGAUGUGAACCCCUUUCUGACUGGCCACCCUACAUGCCCAGCCUCCACACUGCGCUCAGAGCCCUUGUCACAGUGCAACGUCAUGACCUGUUGACCCCUGGUUACCAGCGGCCAUGUGUGGCUCGGACUGGACAUGGCGCCACCACCAGGGCUGCCCGUCAGUCUUCCUGACCCUCUCCCACAUAGGCUUUGGUGAGGUGGCCAGAGCCAUGCAGACCCCAGACCUCAAUACCCAGCUUCUACAUCCCUGGGCUGCCACCGUGCGGUGGGGUCCACUGGGUAGCUGGGCUCAAAGAGGGCCUGUGUAUCACAGAGCCGGUGGAGGUCAGGCAGGUGGUGCCACCUGGGGCUUUGGGCAGGACUCAUCCGCACCAGCAAACUAUGCCCGGGUACCCUGCACAGGCCAGCUCUUCCCUCACCCUGGCAGUCUGUGGCCACCAGCCUCUACCCACCCGAGAAACCUCGGGGCACAGAGCCGUAUACCUCACCGUGUGGCCACCCUCUCUUGGCCCUCUGCCAUCUCCACUUCAGGAAAAGCCUUGCUCUACGCCCCACCUGCCACCCUCUUCCCUCCCUGCCCUGUGUGUGGUGGGGCCUGGCAGCCCAGGCAAUUGAGGAACAGGUGGUCAGCUCUCUCCUGCCCCGACCCUGCUGCCUGCCUGUGCUUGGGUCUCAUUUCUUUGGAGGCUCCCGGCAGGGUGACUGGGUCUCUUGCCACCCUCAUUUUAUUUAUGUUGGUGUUUACAAUUUUGGAGUGGGGUCCUUUUUGGAGUGGGUUCCUGGGCAGGCAGCUCCUCCCCAACGUUGGCAGAGCCGUGCUGCAUUUGAGCCUCUCUGGCUGGACUCAAUUGUCCCUCGCCCCACCGAGGACACUGUGACGUGAGACCGCCUUUGCCCCUCCAGUGUUUUAUUUAUUAAAUUUGAUUUGAAGCCCA